AUGGGCAAUAUACAUAAUACGGCCGCGGUGGCAGCGGUGCAGCGCGCGCAGCAGCACCGUCAUACGCUGCAUCCGCCCGCCCCGCGCGCACCCGCUGCAUCACUCACUAGGUACCUGCAGCAGCGCGGCGUGCAGCGCACAGGAGCUCCAGGCGUCGCGGCAACCGCAGUGCAGCGCGCGCACCAGCAGCGUCACACGCUGCGCCCGCCCGCCCCGCGUGCACCCGCUGCAUCACUCACUACGUACCUGCAGCAGCGCGGCGUGCAGCGCACAGGAGCUCCAGGCGUCGCGGCAACCGCAGUGCAGCGCGCGCACGAGCAGCGUCACACGCUGCGCCCGCCCGCCCCGCGCGCACCCGCUGCAUCACUCACUAGGUACCUGCAGCAGCGCGGCGUGCAGCGCACAGGAGCUCCAGGCGUCGCGGCGGCCGCGGUGCAGCGCGCGCACCAGCAGCGUCACACGCUGCGCCCGCCCGCCCCGCGCGCACCCGCUGCAUCACUCACUAGGUACCUGCAGCAGCGCGGCGUGCAGCGCACAGGAGCUCCAGGCGUCGCGGCGGCCGCGGUGCAGCGCGCGCACCAGCAGCGUCACGCUCUGCGCCCCGCCGGCAGCCCGCCCACCCGCACUCGCUGCAUUGCUCUGUUAUAUCACGUGGCUCCGCGUGAUGAAUUAUACCACCAAAGACGAUGUAAGAAGUGUCCAUUGGUAACUAAGACUCAGUCGAGAUAUGCGAGGAGUUUUAAAAUAUUCCUUACUACCGACACAAGAUUUAUGCGAGAAGAUGACAAAUAG